AUGUCCUCGAGAGCGCAAGCUGAAGGUGUAACAUGUGCAGUGGUUGAACCUCCGAUGAUCGUGGAAGGCGUCGACGGGCAGCUGGCCGGAUCCGAGGCAGAUGCUGGAUUAGAGAAUAUGGACGACACGACUAAAAUACGACCACAUACAGAUGGACUCGCUGAUCCAAGCACUCUGCCUGAUCCGAUCACGUCGGAAGGAACCCUCAACAACGAAACUUCUACUUCGCCUAUCAUGGUCUGCUCAGUAGCAACGACAACUAUAUUCGAGCCCCCAACGCCUCCCACCAAUUCGAUUACGACUUCCCAACACUUCGAAAUAGCACCUACUCAGGACACUCUUUCUUACGUACCUAGCCACUUGGAAAGGAGAAAGAAGAAAUGGAAUUCGGAUACGACAGGCCAGCGUGUCCGCCGUAAGAGUGAGAGAGUAAUACCGAAUCAUUUGGAUUGCUUCGUGCCGUAUAUGGAGUUUUUGGAGUUUGUCCCCCUUGGCUCACCCAGAGACGCGAAUUGA